GCUCUGAAAGGUGAUAUCUAGCUGUGAUGAAAUUGUCAUAUGAACUUUUCCUUUUCUCUUUCAGGUCUCCAACAAAGGGGUCCCCUACCAAUAACGUGUCCCCGACCUCCACCCCCGCCAAAUCUGCAGCCGCCGUGCCCACCCUAGCGCCACCACCUGAAGAAGCCACCGAUUCUCUCUUAGAUCUGGACCCUCUCUCCUCCUCUGGCCCGUCAGUAGGAGCCUCAGCAGCCCCUACGUCCUGGGGAGACCUCCUUGGAUCAGAAAUGGGCGAGUCCAUGCUUCCUGACCCCACCUUAGCUGUAGAACCCGUCCCCUCUCCCGCUGGUGUAACGUCCACCCCUGCAGCUGCGGAGCCAGGAGUCUCUCUGGCUCCUCCCCCUAAUGCGGCCGCGGCCGCUGCCCCCACCCCCGGCGCAACGAAUAUGGAUCUGCUGGGAGAUGCAUUUUCGACCCCUGUUCCCACCCCUGAUGCCUCUGCUGAAGGCGGAGCUCCGGCCUCCACGCCAACCCCAGCCGCUGAAGCUGCUGCCGACCCCUUUGCCCCCUCUGGUGGUAGCUCAGAAGCAGUAGGCCCAGGGCUGGACCUGUUUGCCAUGAUGCCUAUGGAGAACAACUGCUUUAACUCAGGGGCGCCCCCUUCUGCCCCCUCAUCCACCAUCACAGCACCUAUCACCCCCACCACCCCAUCGAUAGACCUCUUGAGUGCUAUGUUUGAUUCCAUGCCAGAUCCAAGCUUCACCAAAGCAGACCUUACCCCCAGUGUUGACAUGUUUGGAGCAGAUGCCUUCUCCUCCCCUGCCCCCCUCUCCUCUGCCCCCCCAAUGGACAAGGGGGUGAUCAUGGACCUGUUUGGGGACUCCACUGGUGGAGAGACCAAGCCUGCUGCCCCUCCAGCUGCCUCUGGUGCUGAGCUGAUGGCAGCGUUUGAUGGUCUAGGGGAUGUGUUGAUGCCUUCUAUGACACCCCAGGCCGGGGCAGCCUCGUCUCCAGUCAAACCUAUGGGAGGAGACCUGGACGCCACCAUGGCUAGCAUGGCUAGCAAUCUGGGAAUGGGGAGCCAAAAACCGGGGGAGAACACGAUGGGAGGCUGGUCAACUCCUCAGGUAGCUCCUCCCAGUUGGGGCGCUCCCAUGAACGUUCCAAUGGGGUCCCCUUCUUUUAUGGGGUCUAACCAAGGAUUCAGCAUGGGCGGAGCGGUCGGGGCUGGAGCUCCCAUGAUGCCCAUGGUUAGGCCAGGCUUUGGAGCCCCUGCAACCCCAGGAGCACCGAUGGGAUCUCCAGGGAUGGCCGGGAGUCCGAGGAGGCCUCCGCCCCCCAAGAAUGCCCUGGAUGACCUCAACAUCAAGGACUUCAUGUAAACCCCUCUAACCCUCCAAGAGGUUGUCGUUGUGUCUGGAGCUCUAUGGAUGUGGAUGUGUGCACUCCCCGCCUUCCUGUCACGCCCAAGUCCCUUCAGUCAAUCAGCCAUCAGCAUUACGACCCCUGCCCUCUGACUUCCCCGUAACCCCGCCCUCCCUCUCUGUCUGAUGUUUUAGCACAAAUCGUGGAUGUGAAUCAUAAAUACAGAGAACAAAAAUGUGUAUGUGUGUGAGUGUACUUCAAUGUUAUCCUUUACUUAAAUUAAGACAAAAAAUGUAACAUAAAAAAUGAUAUUGUAUUUUGAAUCAUUCUGGUACUCCCCGAAAGAGCUUGGAAUGUGUUGUUAAACAUGGAGUGUGUUCGGUGUGUGUAAACCUCACUGGCCAAUCCCUGCCCUAUCCCCUCCCUUGCUGUCCAAUCAAAUUCUGUACUGAGCUGUGUUGCUGAGGUUAUUCAACACUUAGUUUUACUUCUCUCCAUUCAUUGAUCCAUCCAGCCUCUUAUACAGUUCUAUGGGUGUAUAUUGAUGAAAAUUGAAAUAUGUAUCAUCACAAAUCUGGGUUUACGAGAUGACGAAUCAUAUGACAACUUCCAUUUUCCAUUCAAUUCAUAUUUGUUUUUAUUUUGUCCGUUUUUUAAAAUUGUGUGUUAAAUGCAACAUUUGUUGACUAUGUUCAAAUUGACAUAUGCGUUUUUGAAUAUUUUAAAUGAUAGAUUAUACAUAUAUUUCUUUAGUCUUUAUUUUGAGAGAAAAUGUAUCGUAUAUUUUAAUUAUGUCUAUGAAUUGUAAGAUUGAAAAUGUAAGAAGAUUCAAAAAAGAUCCUUUCCCUUGUACAAUAUCUCCCUAUCUGUAUUUGAAGGCAGUAUUGAAUGCAAACUCAGUCCCAGUGUUUACUGUUGCGCUCCCUGUUGGUGUGAAGUGGUACUGCAUUUAAGCAUGUCAAGUGAAGUUGAUCAUCCAAAUACUUUUAAAAAUCAAAAUAUACUUGUCUCCUUUCCUUAACGGCCAAUUAUCUGAAUUGAAUCGAUAGAUGAAAGGCAGUUGGUGGAAAUAAUUCAGUCCGUACACCUAUCAGUGGUCAUGGAGUGAAUGAGACAAGGAAAUGUUUGUAAACAUUAUUGGGACACUUCCACAAGGUCAUUGUGAUGCAGUGAUCAGUACGGUUGUAUCGUCCCCUGUAGCAACACUCCAGGGGUGUUGCGAACUAAUUGGCUGUAAAGUAUUCAUAUAUACACUGGAUGUUCCAUGUGUCGUUUCUCUUCCAAAGUGACUAUCUUAAUGUGUUGAGAAAGAAAAAGAUACAGAACAUGUAUCAUAUACAAUAAUGUGGAUAACAAUGUUUGCUAUAUAUUUGGUUGAAGGCAGUGUUGUUUGGUUCUUGGAUGGCAUCACUCCUCUCCUCUCCCCCACUUGCAUGUGAGUCCCAUUGAGAUCCAAUAAAAUUCAAAUACA